UUCAUCAUCAUCGCCGGGCUCAUCAAAGCCGACCCCAAGAACUACAGGGACUUCGCACCCUACAGCGCCCGCGGCAUCUUCAAGGCCUCCGCCGUCCUCUUCUUCGCCUACGUGGGCUUUGACGCCGUCUCCACCAUGGCCGAGGAGACGAAGAACCCCGCCCGCGACAUCCCCAUCGGCCUCGUGGGAUCGAUGGUGCUCACCACCACCAUUUACUGCGUGCUCGCGGUCGUCCUCUGCCUCAUGCAACCGUACUACGAGAUCGACAUCAACGCCCCCUUCUCGGUCGCGUUCAAGCAGGUCGGGUGGGGCUGGGCUCAGUACGUCGUGGCAGCCGGCGCGUUGAAGGGGAUGACCUCGGUCCUCCUCGUCAGCGCGGUGGGGCAGGCUCGGUACCUCACGCACAUAGCAAGGACACACAUGAUGCCGCCGUGGUUCGCCAAGGUUGAUCCGAAGACAGGGACGCCGAUCAUCGCCACGGUCGCAAUGCUCGCUGCCACGGCCGUGAUAGCCUUCUUCACCGAUCUCGAAGUCCUAGCAAACUUGCUCUCCAUCGCGACGCUCUUCAUCUUCAUGCUGGUGGCUCUAGCCCUCAUCGUGCGGAGGUACUACGUGAGCGGGGAGACGACGGAGGCGAACCGGAAGAAGCUAGUGGUGUACCUCACACUGAUCCUGGCUUCCUCAACAGGGACGGCGGCGUAUUGGGGGCUAAGCGAGCACGGGUGGAUCGGGUACUGCGUCACAGUGCCUAUAUGGUUCCUGUCGAACUUGUUGCUGUGGGCGACCGUGCCUCAAGCACGGUCGCCUAAGCUGUGGGGCGUGCCGUUGGUGCCGUGGAUGCCGUCGACGUCUAUAGCUAUAAACAUAUUCUUGCUAGGAUCCAUUGAUGGAAAGUCUUUCGUGAGGUUCAUGGUGUGGACGUGUUUCCUGCUGGUGUACUACCUGCUGUUCGGGCUUCACGCGUCGUACGACACGGCCAAGAUGUACGAAUCG